GUAAGCCCGUUGUUUGUUGACGUUCGCUGUUCAUGGCUGGCAAGAUAUGACGAAAAUGUUCCGCGAUAACAACAGAAUUUUCGUUUUCCUCUUCUCGGCGACUUAUUUUGCAUUGGUUGCGACUUCUUCGCCAGAGCAGGGCGUCUGGCACCUCGUCACAGAUAAGGACCAUGAAUUUCACAGUGUCAAAAAGAGUAUGUUUAAUGGUAGUCGAAUGAUUAUGAAAGUUAAAUGUGAUCCUGGGGAUCCUGGGAACACCUAUACUGAUGGCCAGGAUGUAAGCUCACCAGCCAGCAAGGAAGACUUAAAAAUAAAGAUAUCAUGGAUGUUACUGAAGACUCCUUGCUGGAAUGAUUACAUUUUUGAAGAGGUUACAGUGUUAAUGACCCAUGCUGUCAUGGCACCACACAACACCCAGUUACUUGUUACAAAUGUGAAUGAGGAAGAGUGGAAGACUUUAAAUUCCUAUUUAAGGAAAUUAGAUAUGGAUAAGGCUAGGAAGGCUUCCUCCAGAAGCGUAAGUAGGUCUCAUUCUAACGAGCCAAUUACUGUAGCACCUAAUCCUAAACUUAUAAUUACUUCCUCAUGUACUACAAAGACUGCAAAUCCUGCAACAGAAAUUGCAGGUCUAAAAGCUGCCCUCAAAAGGAUGGAGCUUCAAAUGCAAGCUCUACAAGAUGACCGUGUAAUAUCAAAACAAGACAUCACCUCAGGUGGGACAGCUCAGACAAAUCAUCCAAUUGCAAUUAUCAUCCAUGAUGGUGUGUACAUUUUGGUAGUUCACACAGAGGCUGCAUUUGAAGAUACUGGCAGAUCAUACACAGCAUAUAUAGACAUACAAAUGAAGAGUGAUUAUGGGUAUCUUUCUGCUGUAGAUUGGCCAUUGUUAGGAUUUUAUGCAGCCAUGUGCGUUGUUUAUCUCAUAUAUGGUUUAGCCUGGCUGAUAGUUUCAUUUAUGAGGUGGCGGGAACUGUUGCGUGUACAGUAUUGGAUUGGAGCAGUGAUCCUUUUAGGUAUGUUGGAGAAAGCAGUUUUCACUGCUGAAUAUAGCAGCAUUAAUCAACGAGGUUACAGUGUGCCUGGACUUAUCAUUUUUGCUGAACUUGUAUCGUGUGCCAAGAGAACUUUGGCCCGUAUGUUGGUCAUCAUUGUAUCCCUAGGGUUUGGUAUUGUAAAACCCCGGCUUGGUAUGAUUCUUCAUCGUGUUGUUGGUGUGGGUCUUCUCUACUUUAUAUUGGCCAGUGUUGAAGGUUGCACACGAAUCCUCCAGUCACGCACAGAUCCCCAUAAAAAGGUACUUCUGGGAUUGUUGCCAUUAGCAUUACUAGAGUCUGCCAUCUGCUUUUGGAUCUUUGCUGCUCUUGUUCAGACAACCAGAACAUUACGAUUAAGACGAAACUUGGUGAAACUCUCUCUGUACAGACAUUUCACCAAUACUCUUGCCUUUGCCGUGCUAGCUUCUGUUAUCUUCAUGCUGUGGUCCUUAAGAUAUCACCUGUUUGAGCAGUGCAUUACAGAUUGGAAGGAGUUGUGGGUAGAUGAUGCUUACUGGCAUGUAUUGUUUGCCAUCAUCCUUCUAGUCAUCAUGAUUCUGUGGCGCCCAUCAAAUAAUAAUCAAAGAUUUGCAUUCUCUCCGCUGUUGGAUGAUGGUUCAGAUGCUGAUGAUGAAGAAGAAGGAGAAAAAUUGAUGGCAGAUGUAUCAGACACCAUGAAAUAUAGAAAUACUCGAAACUCCACUUCUUCAUCUCCUCGAGAUUCACGUUCAGUGGAAGAUGAUUUAAAGUGGGUUGAAGAAAAUAUUCCCUCAUCUCUUGCUGAUUCGGCUCUUCCAAUUCUGGACUCAGAUGAGGAAAUUGUCACCACAAAGUUUGAGAUCUCUAAGAUGCAGUGAUCAAGGUUAAUCAGCUUAAGUCAGAGUUAUUCCAUUCCAUAUUCCCUACGCAUGAUGUUUAGAAUAUUUGGAUUUUACCCUUCGUAUGAACUUUCAUGACCGCCAUGGUGACACAACACAGUUACUGUGUGGGUAUGUUUAGCUACUGUAUGUGUAAGAGUGUAUGUACCGAUAUUGCAAAAUGUUUUAAUAUUGAUUUUGUCAUGAUAUUGGAAUGGGAUUGUAACUGUAGUGGAAGACUAUGAUUGAUUGGCUAAAUUGAAAAGGUUUCUUAUUAUUCAAAACUUAAUGAAGUUUACUUGAUGCAUUUACUGUAUAUGAAAGAACAUUUUGAGUCAGGUAACAGGGGUCUUAUGUAAAACGAGCUUCUUGGCACACUUUUCAUGUGCUGGAACUUGGCAUUGCUGUCUCCCUACCUACCCUGCUGACUAGUGGGUGUGCAAUAGGAGGGUGGACAUCUCUACUACCCUCCUGUUCCCUUACCUACCCCGCCCUACCCUGGGGGGGAGGGUGGCUUAUCAUGUCUCCCCACUGUCACCCAAGGGAGGACAAAUAAGAUCCACCCAAAUUUUAUUAUUGGAUGACUAUUGUUAUUAUUAUUAUUAUUAAUUUUUUAUGUUGUUUUGUAUCACUGUUUAUUAUGGUUUAUGAAUAAUGUCAUUGCAAUGCAUACCAGGAUGGUUUAUAAGAUACUAGUGUUGAUAGGGCUCCAGAAAUUGUGAUAACUAAUAUCCUUUGCUCUUUACUGCUAGAGCUUUUAGCAGAAGUUAAAUGUAAAGCCAAGCAGUGUUACUUCAUGGUGGAUUUUUCUUGCUUUGCAGUAUAACUUGACCUAAUGUAGUGUAUAAAAAUGGAAAUAACAUGGGUAAUGAGGGCUACAAAACCUGGCAGGUUUAUGUAGUUUAUAUCUGUUGCUCACUGGGGCUAUUCUAGUUUUGAUUAAAUUAAUGAUUAUAUUAUGGAUCAGGAAUAUACAAAAUGUUUAUUUGCUAUGUAAACAUACUUUCAGAUAGCCCUUCAUUACUAGAAUGGAUUGUUGAUACUAUGUGAUAGUAUGGUAUUUUUGACACGUAGUCUCAGUAAAGUCUCUCGUGUCAUUAAGAAUGUUGGUGUUGACAUUUUGUUUUGUGAAUGCUCUCUCCAAGAGAUGUUUCAUCAGAAAGAGUAUAAUGAUUUUGUUCUCAGUUAAAUAGAUAUAUGAGUGUUUUGAAGUGCUCCAACCUCUAAGGUGAUUUUAUUUUUUAUUUGGAUUUUGAAAUGACUAGAUGAGAAGUCAAUAUUUUGCAUUCAUUUGUUUUCAGCUCCAGCUGUUAGAAUUUGCGGCAUUUCCAAAAUGAUGAGAUUUUGUUUUUUUUAUACAGUGCCUCACCUAAGUCCAAGUAAUUAUGUACUCAUAGUAUUUACAUUUGAUGAUUGUCAGUGACCUACGGAGUAGGGAAUCAUUCUCUCCUUGGCUUCUGGGCCAAAUUGUUACCAUGCAGUAUACGUCGGACCUCAUUUUUAACUUGGUGGUUGGUUAUACUAUCUUUGAAAAUAACUAGCCUUUCAGUUUUGGACCAGUUUCAGGGGCAUUGAUAAUAUGAUCAGACUUUCCCCUUUAUCUGGGCUUGGGUCUGAUGUAAAGUAUAUACGCUCACAGCUUAUUGGCACUGAUAAUGGAAGAUUGUAUAUAUAUAUCCUAGUUGUCAGAUUGCGUGCUUGAAAUCUCAUAAUCAUGUUCAUUUCAUUUAGCAUUGAGAACUUUAUCUCAAGCCUUUGAAUAGUACAUCAAAUUGAUUUUAUAUUAUAAGCUCAGUUAAAUGAAUAGCAUCUACAUUUUGAGAGUUUUUAUGUAUCAAUAUUUUCAUUUGGCUGUGAGAACUCAUCUAGGUAUGAAUAUAUAGGAAAUGCAGUGUUAAAACUGCACUUGUCAAUGUUUUAUUUAUGAGGGGUGUUUCUUUUAGUCAUAGUAAUUUAUUAACUGUAUUGUCGUUGAUAUUCAAAAAAACGGCAAGCUGAUAUUCUUGAAUUAAGCAUAACAAGAUAGACGAUGGGAAGCAAGAAAAUUUCCAUGAUAUUUUACGGUGCAUUUAGUUAGUGAUCAUGCAAUCAGUGCAGACUUUGAGAUGCUAAGGAAUCCUAUUGAUGACCACCACCUUUUCUUUUCUUAUCACUCUCUCUUGCUUUCUACUCAAGUACUAUUAUGGUCAUAAACUAGUGUAAUGUAUCUGUAUUGUAAAUUUUCUUUCUUUUUUUAGUACAAUAUUUUGUUAUGGGAUUUAAAUUAAUUGUACUAUGAUGUGUGUUCCUUUUUAUGAGAAGUAAUCAGAACAUAUUCUUUUUGACUUGGGAGUUGUUAUUACAAGUUCAUACACAAAGAAACCAUUGCUGGACAGUGCUUCAUUUGCCUAAUCUAUGCAGCUACAGCAAGUCCUGAAAUACAAGUUAUUUUAGUUAUGAGUACUGCGCUACUGGUACUUCUUAACUCUUGUCAGCUUCAUCUUUGAAUAGAUCACACUCAUUUGACCAGUGUUAAUAGGUGAUCCAUCUUCAUGACCUAGAGUCUGAAUGCAUAUAAUGAAGGGAUCCACUCACGAUAUACAUUGCAUCUGAUUUUCUUGUUUUCAGCCUAUGUAUUGUGAAUUUCAAGUCUUGGAAAAAAAUCCUGUAAAGAAAGCCAAGUCUUCAGCAGUUUAAAUUUAUCUUGUCAUUGAAUAUGCCUAGCUACUGUUUUCAGAUUAGCAGCUACUAAAAGAUGAGUUUGGAGUAUGGUCAAUGGUGUCCAAACUUGGGUUCAAGGUAGUAGGUGAAGACUAGCAAAAUUUCCCUUAAGAUACCACUGUAAGACCUUGAUGACUAAAGGGAUGGGUUUCAUGUACAGGCAUUCCUACACUCAUCAGUUUUUUUUAAAGAUAUGUAGAUUUUGAGAGCUUAAAUUACUGUACAGGUACUUUUAUAUUUUAUUUUCCCAAUAUGUUUGUUAAUUUGUUUUUCUUAAAGAGUUUAAGUAACUAUUGGAAGCUGAUUGAAAUGACAGUUUUAUAGAGAGUUCAUUCUUGUAUAUCAUGGCAUUCACACUAUUCUGAUACUAUAUUUAGCCUUGAACGACCAUUAUAGUGUCCCUGUUCUUGGGCUGGCUCUGAAUUUCAUUCAUCCAUUCUUUGUAGUAGUUACUUGGUUUUCAAGUUACUCCAAAUUUCUUGAGUUUGAUAAAUUCAUUUGUAGCACUGUUAAUACUUAACUUUCCUACAUUUCCCAAAACUUAAAAAUAAUGAAAGAAAAUUGGUGUAGCAUAAAUGGUAAGGUAGAUAAAUUGAAACAGAUGUUUGAUAACUAGCAAUUCCUGGACAAUAUGCUAGUCAUAUACAUAUUUUUAAGGUGCCCCAUUGAGAGAUAAGUAGUGUGUCAAUGAGGUACUUUGAUCUAAGUUUUUAACAUUAGGUAAUUUACUUAAAAUCAUUUAUACAACCUCUAUCCAUAUAACUCACCCUUCUCUCUUUGAGGGAUUGCACAUACACAUGUGCACUGAUAUUUAAUGGUUGACAAAUUUUUUAACUGGUAAUUAUCAUAAUAAUAGUACCAAUUUAGAAGCCAUGACAUAUCAAUACAAUGUGUUACUUGUAGUUUUUUUAAUAGGAUAUUAAAGUUUUCAAUUUACAUGUCAUGUAAAUCUUUUGUACCUAUCAUUAAUAUUUUGAUGCUACUGCUUUUCCAUGACUGCUUAGCAAUCUUUGAGAGAGCAAAGUCUUGGUUUCUAUUGUUUGUUUUGGACUAUUAGCCAAUAUUAAAAAUCAGAUUUCAGGUAGAAAUUUAAUUUCUUUGGGGUGUAAACUGGUCAUUCUGAAGGCUCAUGAGAAUGCCUCCAAAGGUCAAACCAGUCUAAUGAAAGUGAAGUAGAGCAGGCUGUCUUCUUACUAUUUAAGAAGACUUUAGAUGUUAAUGCAGUUGUUUUGAAUGCCAGAAGGUGCCUGCCUGCCAUUACUACAAGAUUUUAUAAGAAAGCUCAUCCAUAAGUUUUUUUUAGUUGAUUUCCCUCCAAGACCUUAGUAGUAGCAGUCCAAGUUUUCUUUUUAGGACAGGGAUAUCAUAAUUGGUUUUAUUAUAAGCACACACUUCCAAGUUACUUAUUCUUUUAUUAUGAGCACACUCUUCUGAUUUAUAAAUAUUGUAUCUCUCAUUUGAUAGGUUAAGUGAGCUGCUGUUCCUCAAGUCUUCUUUACUAACUGGAUUGCUGUCCAUUUCAUGACCCAUAAUUAGCAGAGUUUACAUGUGUUCUAUCUUUUAUGGUCCCUUUCAAGUUUUUUUUUAUCAAGUAUUCAUCUGCAGCAGCUCAGCUCCCUCCUACUUUAGUUGCUACUGAGGCUAUGUAAUAAUUAUGAUAAUAGGUUUGUGCUGAAAAAUUAUAUUUUUUAUACAUUGGCUUUACUUUUACAAAUUGUUGUCCUCUAGCCCCUUUCUUCUUUUUACUUGAAAAAUUACUGCUUUCAUAGAUAUAGGCCAUUCCUUCCUCCCUAAUAUGUUAUAGACCUUACCUUACUGGGUAUUUGCAAGCAAAACAUGACAAGCCUGCUAAGUAAUGAGAAAUGGUGGGAGUGCUCCUCAGAUGAAGACACUGUGCUUUGUUUACUACUGCAAAGAUUAUGUUGUGAUUCAGGACUUUUUGUAAAUGCCUUGGCUGUGGAAAAAUAAUGUUCUGUAAAGUGAUGGUUUUUCUGAAGAAUUAAUAUUUCAUAAAGCAUCUUCUUGUGUUUAUUUAUUGUUGAGAUUUGUCCAUUUACCAUGGAUAUGUAACAUUUUGUAACUUUAGGUAUAUAGUUUUGCGUAGUAAUGAAUUUCCUAUCUGGAUUUUAUCAAUUGGUACAUGUUAAAAUAUUACUACCAUGUACACUUGCAACUUCAGUUUGAACACAGCUGCACAUUCAGUUUCCUUGUUGUGUGCUCUUGCCUUCAUCAGAGUGGUCAUUCAACUGCACAAAGAUACCAGUCAUAGACCAUUUUGCCAAGAUAAAAUGGAUAAAGUUUAGGUAGUUUAGAAUGCAGUCAGAUGUCAUUGUUGGUAAUAAAAGAAUCUUAUAAAUAGUUUUAUUACUUUGAAUAUUUACUGGGAGUGAUUUUCCUUUCAUUACGAUUGAGAGAGCUGAAGAGCCAAGAUGAUGCUGGCCAGGAAAUAACUUCAUUACUACUUCAUUAUGGAUAAAAGAAGUUGAAGUAGUCAUGCAUUUUCCUCUAACUUUUUUCUUGCUCCACGUUUCUCUUCUUGUACUGUAUGAUUUAUGAUUAAAUUACUGAACCCUGUAAGGCCUAAACAUGGGUUUGAGUGCUUUUAGAAUAUAAAAAAAGAUAAAAGUGGAGAGGAAACCCCUUGUCCAUUUGAUUAUUUGAUGUGGCCAAGCAAGGUAAAAAUCUCAUAGCAAACUUUGCUCUUAGUGUUGGGUUUAUGCACAGAGUCAUGCCUCUUCAGCCACGAAAGGGGAAUGAUGAUAUCUAUCUAGGUAUAAAUCACUGGGUGGAUUAGAGAGAGGGCUCAUCUAUUCAAAGUGUAACUUCAUGGUAAGGAUAGAAAAUAACUGGAUGAAUUAUGAUAACUCAUGCAUUUGCAAGGUGGAAUUGUUACAUGUUUAAAAGUAAAUUGUUGCGUUCCUCAUUGAAACUAUAUAGAAUGCCAAUUGUUCCUAAUUUUUCUUCAUCUAAGUUCACUGGUAUCUUACUCCUUAUUUUUCUUCAUUUAAGUUCACUGGUAUCAUACUCCUUUUUUUUACACAUGUACAGUAGUAUGUAUUGAUUUGAUAGUCUACUGAAAAUUGAUAUACUACCUUGAAACAUUUACCAUAUAUUUCCAAGUACCUCUCAGUCUAGUGGGCCAGUGACAUUGUUGACUCAAUCCACCUUGGAAUUUCAAAGAGAACAAGUCCUUUAUUGCAUAGUAUAAAAACAAAAAUGGCUAGUUCCUCUCUGCCCAUGGUGUAAUUCCUUCCAAGAAAGCAAAGUGCAGGUCCAGAAAUAUUGCCAAGAAUGGUAAAUGGAGUAUCCUUUGCUAAUUAGCAAUGAUGACUUACAAGUUUUUUAUUUUAUUUUUAUUUAUUUUUUUUUUUUACAAUACUAUGCUUCUGCCUUUUUUUUCAAUUUCUCAUGGCAGUAAAAGUGAUGUAAAGCAGUAAGGCAGUAGAAGUCAUCACAUCAGCAAACCUCAGGUCCUGGAGAGAAGGGAACUAUAUAGUACAGUAUGGUCCCCAGUUAUGCGAGAAUUUGGUCCAUCCACGGCCUCGCAGAACUGGAAAAUUGCAGAUUUUGAUAAACAUACCAUAUGGGAAUAAUUCCAUUAGGGCUAAGGCAAACUGCAAUUUACCCAGUCAAACUUACUACCCAUUUUCAAUACUUGCUAUGUACCGUACUGUAUUUUUUUCUAAUAUGAAAUUGUUCUUAUGGAUAAAUAAAACAUUAAAAAGGU